GAUAUUGUCUAGCAGUGAAUCGACAGUUUGAUUAUGUUGAUGUGGACGUUUUUGGCUGCUGGUCGCACAUUGGUGCUUCGUUGGAGCUGGUGCGCCCAGGUGGCCUGCUGUAUCUGACGGCCACCGGCCUGACCACUUGGAAGCCUUCCCGGGCUUUCCAGAGUUUGGGCAUGCGGCUGACGAGAUGCCCGCCAACUGAAACUCUCCACGACCACAUGGCACGCGCGCUCAUCUGGCGAAUGGUCUCUGCUGCUGACAGCCUUGGACUGGUCGCUCAGCCCCUCUUCAGUCUCUACCGUGGCACAGGAGACGUCUUCCGGAUCUUGUUCCGGGUGGUCCGCCGCUCUGGUGACA